CACAUUUUACAAGGCAGUGGAGUCGAAUCCUAGUCGCUAAUCGCUACAAUGUAUAUCCGGGCCGUUAUGUUGGUUAUAGGAAUCGGUAGUGUGAUGGUGUGGGCCGAUGAGUUGCCGGUCCCAGCUCAGGGUGCACGAGACGGUAACGAAGCGAGACAAAAAUCUUUGCCGUUAACAUUCGUUAUUCCGGAAGAGACACGAGCGAAGAUGCUAAAUUUCAGCGAAUUGAGCGAAAUUUUUCGUGACCUACCGCAAAUCAAGCCAGGACACUGGUUGAAAUCGAAUGUAACCAACUCUAUGAAAAAUAGUGAAGACAUCGUCCAGCAGAACACCCACAACGACAGCGUUCAGCCUAUUGGUCAACAAGCUGCAGAUCAACAUGAGCGGUUUGACGACGCUGUCGGAGCACAACGUCCUGCUGAUCAAGACGUUGACGCGGACGGUGACGAGAGAGACUAGUAUCGUUUAGUGUUGGAUUAUGUUAAGGAUGUUGAAUGUAGUGAGGGAAUAUAUCAUUUAAUUUAUGCAUAUUUAUUUAUUUAUUUAUUUAUUUAUUUAUCUAUCUGUUUUUCACUUUCUUACGUUCUGUGGUAUUUACAACUUUAGCAAUGUUUACGAAGUAAUUGAGAUUAAAUAUGCUUAAAGUGA